AUGGAUGAUUCCCUGCAUACAAUGGUGGUUGGAAUGCUGAAGGCUGCCUUUGGAACAGUCCCUAUGAUCUCUUCCAGCUCUAUUUUCUCAAAUCACCAGCUCAGGAAGCCAAGACUUCGAUCCUUGGCUGAGUUAACCCAAGUCAGGGCAACAUUGCAAGGGGAAUCUGGUCUAACUUCAGAUGCUAUUACAUCUUUGGAAGUUAGGCUGGCAUCUGCAGUCAUUACACAUGCCAUCCUCAAUCCCUACAGGUUUUCUGAACCAUUGGUGCAUGCCAAGGACAGGACCAUCCAUUUUGAAAACCCAAAAAUUGGGUAUAUCAAUGCUCCUGCCACAGUUCUGGAUGUGCAUGGCAGGGUGAUAGUAUGGUAUCUGCCUGGUAUUGUCCCAGAUGCACGGAUACAUCAGCCUGUUGACCAAGUCAUGUAUGGACAUGGCAGGAUUUCCAUGUCUCCUGCCACAUUCCAACAGGCUCAUGAGGGGCUGACAAAUUUAAAGAGGUUGGUUGAUACACUCUAUCAAAGCACAUCCCUCAAACAGAAAGCCAAUAGGGAAUGGCUGCUCAAGAUUUCUUAUGUGGAACACUUCUGGAGCAAUAUAGCAAAGGUCUCAUUGCCAGAUAUGGCCAGGGCUGGUGAUCAAGCAAUGUUGGCCAAGGCUGGCAGGGUGGAGAAUGAGAUAUCCCUGGAUUGGCCAUCGGUCUAUACCAACAUUGAUAUUAUUGUCAAUCAGGAAACUCCCUCUCACUGA